GUGAGCGGCGGAUUCGCGUCUAUUGUUAUUGUCCAUAGUUGAAAAAUAUUUCACAAUUUUAACACUUUAAGUUGUAUUUCAAACAGAUUUCAGUGAUCGAGAUUAACAAUGUCGAAAUACACACCUAGCCUUCCUUACACAGAAGAGGAGUUCGCAGACAUGGUACAGUGCUACAUCGACAGUGGCAAGAACAUUGAAUUAACUAAAAUGUACUAUGUGACCAGAUACCCUGGCCGUAGGAGACCAAAACCUUAUACCCUAGAUAAAGUUGUCCAAAAGUAUCUGAAAACUCUCGAGUCUAAUACGACUGCUGAACCUCCUGUGGACGUUCCUCAGUCUGCUUCGGUCAAAGACGAACGGAUAUUAAAGUAUUUUUUAUACAAUUCCCACGCUACUAAUAAGAAGGCUGCUAGUAUAUUUAAUUUACCAUCUACUUACAUUGACAAGUUACUCGAAGAUAGAAAAGCUGACAUGGAAAGAAUGCGAAAGGAUUGUCCUUCAAACACUGUCCGAAGUGAAGAAAAUAGGUUAUGCGAUCGUAUUAGAAGAAAAAUAAAAGGCAAGGAAUCUUCAAAAGAUAAAUUACAAGACCAGAGUGUUUCAGAAGAUAACAGUGACACUAGAAAUAGCAAGAAGCCCGAUGAAAGCCACAUAUGCAGUGAAAAUAGUAACAGAGAGACAGAUGAUGAUGUUAUAUACUGUAAAACGGAAUAUCCGAGAAAGCGUAAGAGAAAAUAUAAAAAGCGUUCCGUUGAUAAAAAGCAAAGAACAUACGAAAGGGUACAAAAAAGUAAAGAUCUACCUAUCUUGGAAACAUCACCCAUGCAAAACCCCAUAGUGUACACAACAAGACUAGAAGAAAUGACUAUUUUGCAGACGAACAUAAACCAAUUCAAUAAUACGUACGUCAUAAAUAAAAUGUUAUUGGAAAGUAAACCGAAAUAUGCGGGAGUUAGUUCUAAUAAAAAAGAAAAAAGAUCAUUUAUAAGGUGCACAUCAUUAAAAGAAAAAUUGAAAAAGUUUGAGAGAGUUGAAACACACAUAGAUUUAACGCAUAAAACUCACACUGAUGAUGAACCAGAUGAAACUGAGAUUAUUUAUGAAGCAAAAUGCUAUACGUUUAAUGCAAAAGAAGAAGUACUUUUAGACAUGAGUACAAAACAUGAUGUCGCUAUUGUAAUUAAUAACUUGUUUUCAAACACACAUGACAUUUACGCAACUGAUUCAAAGGGUAAUGUAAUUGAAUAUUUUUGCACCAAAUUGAAUGAUUAUAUGAAAUACGUUAAUACCUCAAAGUGUAGACUGACCUUCGAUAUGUGUUGUUGGCUCAAAAGACAGCGUAGAGUUGAAUCAAUUUGGCCUCACCAUGAAUAUCCUUUUUCACGAUUUCUAACGACAAUGCAUAAAUGUCCGCCUGGUAAAUGUAUUUGUUGUUGUAAAGUGGGAAAACGAGUACACACGCCGGAAGUUAUUCUUCAUAAACCAUAUGAUACAGACAUUUUCACAGUUUGUACGCCUAAACGACCAAUUUGUAUAUAUACAGCAUCAGAAGAAUUCAAUAGAAAUCUAUUAUUAUUUGCGUUAAGAUACAAUAGACCUGCAUCAAAAAGAUGUAAUAAUUGUAGCUCCAAACCUAAAAAUGGUGCUGGCAAGCGUUUUUUAUUCUCGGAAUUCUAUGAUCACAAAAACAUCCAUAUGGUAAAAAAUGAAUUUUUCGAAAUUGGUAGCAACCAAGAAAUUGUACGUUUCCAUGUUGACUCCCAUGUGCGCCACCGUGCUCGAUGUAUUCCAUGUGCAGAACUGACUACAUUGCCCGGCGAACCAAGUUGUAAGCUAGAAGUUUGUUGCGAGUGGAAGCGAUAUAAUUAUCUUAGUGAAGAAUACAAGGCAUCCAACAUAUCCGUUAAUACAUUCAGAUUUUUGAAAAAUACACUAUUCCCGCACGUGUGUGAUACAUGCAAAGUAACACCGAGCCCUGAAACAAACAAGAGCACAAAUUUAGAUGUAAUACCAAGAAUUGAGCAUUCAAGAACAUAUGUUAAACCCACAUUAGUUAAAAUUGGCUUCAUGGCUGAAAAGCAAUCUUUUUUUAAUAAUCAAAGAUAUAUUAGAGUGAAAGAUAUAGCUCGUCAAAUUCCACAGUGUUCGAAUGUUAUUCAAGAAAGUAAAACGAAUGAAACAAACGUGGAAACGUCCGCACAAAAGUCAACUGUCAAGAUGAAUGUACGUUGCGAACAAAUACCGGAAUAUAGGUUUGAAUUAUGCGAUGUAGACAUUCAGGUUGCGACGGCGAUUGUGUUGAAAUUUAAGGAAAUCGUUUUAACCGUUAAAGAAGAUGGAAAAGUUGUAGCAUCAUUAAAUUCAACUACAAUGACAACUACUACCGAGGAAUUUCAAUUUUUGGCGGAUAUACUUAAAAAUAUACAAAAUCACUUGAAAAUUGUGCCUUUAUCAACUGGUUCCGCUAUAAAUUUAGUAGUGGAAAUAGAUAAUGAUAAACAAACUAAUAGCGCCAUGAACGAACUUUUCCCUUAUAAACUUGUUGAUCUAAUUAAAAACCCUCCAAAAGAGAUGACUCACAAUUUUAACAAGCGUUACAAUAAUGAAUUUGGCGCUAAUGAACAAAUCGGCAACAACUCGCCAAAAGACACGGAUAUUAACCGGUUACCCCGUCCAAGCAGCGAUCUGGCGUGUAACUCAAAUAAUGUUGUAGAUAACGAAGAAGUUGCACAACAAUUAAAAGAGUUUGAUAGAUUUGCAAUAUCAAUUAGCCAUAGUAAAAAUUGUUAUACGGAAUCAUUCAAAUCUUUUUUAAAAACUAAACGUGAAGCUGAAAAAGAAGAAAUAAGCGUACCAAAAAUUAGUGGUGUUUUCUCAUUACAUAGUUUAGUGCCAUCGAAUGAUCUAGUUUCACCAAACAAAACCGAUAACAUAAAAGAUUCUUUAAAUAUUGAAACUCCAAUAGCUUCAACUAGUAACAAUGAUAUUAUUCAAAAUAUUAAUAAUUUUAAUGCUCAAUUACAAUCCAUUGGAAUAGCAACGGUUCAGCAGGCCACUGGAAUUAUUUAUGAUCCAACAACGAAACUGGCACAGAUAGUAAAUUUUAACCCAAACGCGUUUGGCUCUAGUCUAGGCAUACCAGAUACAAAUUCUUCGACAAAAAAUGAAAAUGUAGAUCUAAUGAAACCUAUUAUUGGACCGGGCCAAAGUAAUUCUAGCUUAGCAGGCUUAACCCCAAUUCUUACGGAUACGAUUCAGGCAUUACCUGAUCAAACUAGUCAAGUAAAACCGCAUCUGCCCGAUAUAAUAAAUGCCAUUCCUACAAACAAUAAUGUAACGAGCAAAACCAAUCAUACAGUCGACAAAGAGAAGAUAAUCGAUGAAGUGGUUGAACUUUUGGAUUCUGAUUAGCCAAAUUAAAAAUUAACCAGCGCGAAAAAAAACAACGUGAAAUGUAAAUAUGUUUUAGAUGGUGUCUGGCUUGUCACUGUAGCUACUUUAAAAGUUUUCUUAAACAAAUAUUAAUCGAAACAUCAAUUCAAACUCGUAUUGAAUUGAUGUUUCGAUUAUAACACCAGAAAAGACCUAUAUAAUCUAGGUCUCCAAGAAGUAAGCAAUCAAAGUUUUGAAAAAUUAACACAAAACUAAAAUUAAAUGCACGUUUUGGCUCUGAAAUAUUUUUUUGUUGUGAUGCUACAUACAUCAACAAGGGGAUCAAUAUAUUGCAUUUUUAGGGUGUCUGAUUUUAUUGGGUAUGUUUUUACCUCUAAGCUUUUAACGUUUAAGAUAAAUAAACCCAAACCGACGAUUUAUUAUUUGUUGAAGAUGACUCCUAUUUGUUUUGUUGCCAGUCAUUGAUGCCUAUACAUUUUAUUCCUGAAUGGCUGCAAAAAAAUACUGAUAAAAUAUUCAUCCUUUUGAAAAAAGCUGCUAUUUGUACAUAGAUGUAAAUUGUAAACAUUCGAUAAAUAUAUGGCAUCCCCGUUUUAAGUUUAGUUAUUUAAUUAAUAAAAGCAUAUUAUUGUAAUGUUAUUUAUUUUGAA